CAGACCUGCGUCUGGGCAGACCUCUCCACCAGCGCUAUCGUGGACGCUGGCUUCUCCUUACUGGGGCACUGGGAAGGGCCUUUGCCCAGCGCAACGGUUGGAGGUCACUGACCGGGAAGACCGCUCUCCGCUGGACCCCUCUCUCCCGCCCAGAGUGCGGCUACAGGACCCGCACUGCCGAGAGCCCUCAGCCAGGAAGACUCUUGUGCUCUAGCCACAGGAAAGGCCGAGAAAAGGAAAGCUGAGGACUACUAACAGCCCACCUUCUGUCCGGAAGCUGCGACCUCAGCCCUAGACACCCCCUCCUCUUGUGGACUGCAGGGAGCCACCCCGCCCUCCCACGCUGGAGCAUGGUGGUGCAGGACAGCGUGGACGCCCCCGGCGUGCCGCUGGAGCCCUUCCUGCACCAGGUCGGGGGGCACCUGAGCGUGAUGAAGUAUGAUGAACACACGGUGUGCAAGCCCCUCAUCUCCCGGGAACAGAGGUUCUACGAGUCCCUGCCACUAGCCAUGAAGCGUUUCACCCCGCAGUACAAAGGCACCAUCACCGUGCACCUCCGGAAGGACAGCCGCGGCCGUCUCAGCCUGGUUGCCACCCCCCUGACUGAGAACCAGGGGCCCUUCACGGUCUCCACGGAGUCGGCAGCGGUGGCCAUAUGGCAGACCCUCCAGGAGAGCCCUGGCGGUGGCGCCCUCCCCCUCGCCCAGUGGCAGCACCCCCAGCUGGCACACUCGCUCACGGAGAGCCCGGCCACGGAGCUCCUGAGGUCCGAGCUCCACCUCAAGGCCCAAGUCCCCUCGCUGGUGGAAGAUGCGAACGGGAACCUGACGGAGAAGGGCAGCUUUAACCCGUGGGGCCUCCACUGCCACCGGGCCCACCUGCAUCGCCUGUGUGCCGAGUACCCGGAGAACCAGCGGCACCGGUUCCUGUUGCUGGAAAACGUAGUGUCACAGUACAAGCAUCCCUGCAUCUUAGACCUGAAGAUGGGGACCCGGCAGCACGGGGACGACGCCUCAGAGGAGAAGAAGGCCCGCCACAUGCGGAAGUGUGCGCAGAGCACCUCGGCCCAUCUGGGCAUGCGCAUCUGCGGCAUGCAGGUUUAUCAAAGCGAUAAGAAGCACUUUCUCUGCAAAGACAAGUACUAUGGAAGAAAGCUUUCAGUGGAGGGUUUCAGGCAAGCGCUUUACCAGUUCCUGCACGAUGGGACCCGCUUCCGGACGGAGCUGCUGGAGCCCAUCCAGCGCCAGCUCCAGGCCCUCCUCUCGGUCAUUAGGAGCCAGAGCUCAUACCGGUUCUACUCUAGCUCCCUUCUCAUCAUCUAUGAUGGGCAGGAGACUCCACAGACGCCCCACAGCAGCAACAUCAUCAAAGUUGACGUCCGGAUGAUCGACUUUGCUCACACAACAUACAAAGGCUCCUGGAAUGAACACACCACCUACGAUGGACCAGAUCCAGGCUAUAUCUUUGGCCUGGAAAACCUCAUCCAGAUCCUGCAAGGUAUUCAUGAGGGACAAUGAGACUUGUUGGGCCCAUCUGGACUUUUCCAGAGAAGAACUCUCCAAGGGGACCUAUUGGUAGUCUAGACCCCCCUGACAUGUGUCUGUAAUAAUUCUAUCUAUGUUCAAAAGCCAUCUCUCCACAUGACAGGCUAUACUCACAGCUGCUCAGGACACCAGCUCUGGAGGUAAUGCACGUACCCUGGCAUCUUGCGCUCAUGCUGGCCCUCACAGGCUGCACGUGAGGAUGAAAUGGUGCCUUUCUGGAGUAAGGAGAGCUGUAGAGGAGUUAGGGGCCAGCGUCACAGCGAGAUUCUGCAGCAUCUGCGCUGAAGGACGCUUUCUUGUUGUCAUGCUGCGCUCUCACAAGCUGUGAGGGGAAAAAAAAACCUUCCUUGAAGAAGCCUAGAAGAAUGUGUUCCCAACUUUGUGGUUUUUCUGCUCACAUGGGCUGCUGGCUCCUGGGGCAGACAGAGGCUAAUAAUGUCUCUUACCUUCCUCAGAGUGGUAGGUGGGGCAGGGAGACGUGAGACAGAGCUUCCGUCUCACCAGCUCUGACCCCAGGUACAAAAUGGACAAGGACAAUCCCAGACACAGCACCGGCAAACCGAGACUCCAGCUUCCCAGUUUUUGCCUAUGGAAGGGCAGGUUCUAUGGGAAGUGAUGAUUCUGCCAGAUUCUGACCAUGAAAUGCAGCUUCCGGUGGGGGUGGACUGCACAGAAGAAAGAUGUGAACUUACACUCUUCGCUUUCUAUUUAUUUAUUGGAGGUGGGGGUGGGGUGGGGGAGUUAGAAGAGAGGCCCCUGGAGGACCCAGGAAACCAGGUUCAAUGUUUACAAGACGGGUAGACAGUAUAACUACAGAACCGAGAGCAAACGGUUCUAAUUAAUUCCUUCUCCUGCAGUGUAGAAACCUAUUACAAUGCCCUCGAGUCAAGCACCGAGAUACGUUACCCAAUUAGGGAAAUAAAUUUGUUAAUAAAAUUGCUGAGGUCACCAGUGA